GUACCUGGCAACUCAGCUUUGUGCUGGAUGUAUUAUUUCUCUCUAUGAACUCUGCUAAAUAUACAUUUCAACUGACCGAGAACUUGAAGAAUGAACAAAACAAAAAAAAAUUGUUAUAGGCAAAUGAUAGUCGAAAAUGAGUUUUAAUGGCUGUCCACAUUUGCAAGCUUAUAAAGCAGCAACGGGUACAGAUACUUUUAAAAUAAUUUACUCUUAUUUCGUAGCCUGCUCGACAGCUGAUACUCGUCUAAAGAAGGUGAGAUUUAUGAUUUAGGUAAUCUAGCAAGGUCUGCUCUGCAUGUUUGUAAAAAUGUAUCGUAUUCUUAUGAAUGGGAAAAAGUAACUAUAAAAUCCCCCUAAUUCAGUCAUAUUCAAAGCUAAGAUAAUAGGCCUACAGAAUUAAACUUAUUGCUUUGAAUUAGAACUAGGCCUGAACAAGCUUUCUCUGUAGACUGUAGGCUACUGUAGAAGUAGAAUCAAUAUUUUUUAUUGUAGAAGUUAAAGUUAAAGUGUUUAAAAAAACUUCCUCCUUUUAUUUUUGUUUCUUCCUCUUAAAAUGUAGGUAGAAAGUAUACCUACCGCUUACUGAGUUAGUGAGAGGGAGAUUGAACUAUCCUUAAAUAUUAAUGAAAGAUCAAUGUAAUGUAAUCACUAACAGUUAAGAUUAUGGCAUGGCAUGGUAAUGGAUGGUAAAGUCACACUAACUUUGAGUUUGACAAUAGAUCAAGUCUCAGUGUGAAAAAAAUAAACCUAUAUAGUUUUAGGUCUAACCUGCCUAUGGCAAUAGCCUAAAUAGGCCUAUCAAAUAUGAAUUUUAAACCCUCAAAGUAUGAUGGGUAAAGCUUAAACUUAAAGACUAAAGAUUUUCAUCAACAUUUAUUUAUUUGUUGACUCACAUUAGAAUGUAAUGUGUUCUGGAAAUUUUUUAAUUUGAUCACAAUUGAUUCAUUGAUUUCAAGGUUCAUGUCACUGAAGAAUCAGAUGCAAUAAUUACAAUAAAAAGAUUAUCUGCUAGAUAAACAUACAAUAAAAAUGUUAUUUUCUCAUCCAUCCUUCCCUAUUCAUGUAUAGAACUAGAACCACCAUAUAAUUUUUAAUUUAAAUUCUGAUUCUUUAAACAGGCACAAAUUUGCAAGUGUGUUUCAUGUGAUGAUGUUAGACCUAGACUUCAUGCUUGUUUAUCCUGCAUCUACUUUGGUUGUUAUGACAAGAAACAUAUACAUGCUCACUCAGAAGAAAAGAAGCAUCACAUAGGUAUUGAGAUUCAAUUUUGUAUGAGUUUGAAGAUGCAUUAGAAUAAUAGAUUUCAUAUCUGAAUUAUAUAAUUUCAGAGUUGGAACAAUAGUUGAAAGUCUUUUUCUUUUUGUUAUGAUUUUUGUCCUGAUCACAAUUAUUAACCAAAGUUUAAUGAAUUAAUUUACAUUAUCAUGAAAAACUUAAUGAUCACUAGAGCAACGUUUCCUAAACUUUUUAAUUUGAUGGAGAAGUUUUAAAAAUGCUCCAGAUUUAUUGAUUAAAUUUUAUUUUUAUUUGACCAAAAAUAUUCAUGUUUUUUGUACUUGCAACAUAAGGUCAUUUGGGGAAUACUGCUCUAGUGCAUGUUUACUUAAAAUUCAAUUAUUUACAGCUAUUGAUGUCUCUUAUGGCACGGUUUACUGCUUUAUCUGCGGAGAUUAUGUCUAUGACUCAGAAUUGGAGGAUAUUGCCAAGGCCCAGUGUCAAAGGGCAUCUUUGUCUUUAGGUAAAUCUGAUUUUAUUAUUUUUAAAGCAUAUUAAAAUACUAACUGUUAGGUUACGUCAAAAUUCUUAUGUAAACCCAUGUUAAGCUAAGCUGCAAGAUUUCAAAUUUGAAGUUAUUUUAAUGAUUGACGUCUAAAAUUCCCAUUCUGUGUGCUAAAUCAUACAAAAUCAAUUAUGUUUAUAACAUGGUUACAUUUCAAAUCACUUUCCAAAUUAUUCAAAGCAGGAAAUGUAAUUGAUCCUGCAUCUAAGAAAUUUCAACUUUUAAUUUUUUGUGAUUUACAAAUUACAGGUUUUAUCUUUAAUUAAUCAUUCCAUUUGUUUUAUUUAAGCCUUUAGCUAAGCAUAGUGUUAUACAAAUUUAUUUUGUACAAAAUUUAUUUUACAUUGCAAUCUUAAUGAUAUUACUCAAAAAUUUGUUUCCGUUUUACAGGUCUCAAGCAACGCUUUUUUCCAUGGCAGCCAUCUGAGGAAGAGCUGAUUCUUCUUCGCUGUAACCCAAAGAGGCGACGUGUUACUGAAGCGUCUCAUAUAGGUAAGUUUGGUAAUUUUUUUUAUCAGAACAUUACAAAUUUGUUACAUCACAAUAAGUAACAAAUACAAAUGAAAUGUUAUAUAAAUUUGCUUAAUUUUUAUCCUUUUAUAUCUUUGAUCUGUUAUCAACAGGGCUAAGAGGAUUAAUAAAUUUAGGUAAUACAUGUUUUAUGAACUGCAUACUGCAAUCUCUGGCCCAUACACCUAUAUUAAGAGAUUACUUCAUGGCAGACAAGCAUGCUUGUCAGAAAACAGAUGAGUCCCAACAGUGUUUGGUUUGUGAAAUGGCAAGGCUGUACCAAGAGGUAAUAAUUUUUAUCUAUAAAUGGUCAUGUCACAGCAGAUAACGAUUUGAAUAUAUUUCAAGGUUAAUUCUUUUUAAAAUUGUCUUGUGCACUGACAGAAUGUAUAUCAGAAAAUUUUUUAUUAAAUUUUCAAUCAUUAUAUCAUUAUUUAUACAAUUAAUUUUAGUUUAACGUCUUGGAAAAGUAAAAAAAAAAAGUUUUAAGGAAGAAAACACAGAUGAUGUGUAAAAUACUCAAGCUCUAACUUUUCUACAUCUACAACUAAGGAUGUUAAACAGUCAUCUAAUUUCGGAAUAUUAGUUUUGAAAACAAUUAUUAGCUGUUAAUUUUUAAAAGUAGUAAUCAAAUAAUUUUGUUUCCUUACUGAAAGCAUUACAACACAAAAAAAAACAACAAAUAGUGGCAUAUUGAAUUUUAAAAUACAUACGCAGAUAUCGCCAAUUUGUCUCAAAAAUUCAUUUGUAAAUGCAGUUUUACAUGACCCAUCAACCCAGUAUUGCAAUACCUGCUUUGAAGGUUAUAAUCUGUGUGCUAAAAAAUAAUGCUAUUAACAUUUAGGUACCGUAUUAAAUUGUUUUUAUAAUCAAAUAUGAAAUUUUAACAGUAUUAUUAUUAUUUUUUUUUUUUUUUAUUUAUUGACAUCAAUUUAUAUUUGAAAUUUUGAUUAAUUAUGUUCAUUUAUUACACUUCCUAUUUAUAAAGAUGGAGAACAUUUAUAAUGCUAUUAACAUUUAGGUACCGUAUUAAAUUGUUUUUAUAAUCAAAUAUGAAAUUUUAACAGUAUUAUUAUUAUUUUUUUUUUUUUUUUAUGUAUUGACAUCAAUUUAUAUUUGAAAUUUUGAUUAAUUAUGUUCAUUUAUUACACUUCCUAUUUAUAAAGAUGGAGAACAUUCUAAAGAAUAAUCUCUAUAUUACAUAUCUGGAAUUAAAGUUAACUUUAAUAACUAAGUUGGAAUAUUUUUGCCCAAACAUUUUCAUAGUGAAUCUGUAGAGGUUGCAUAAUUGAGUUUAAUAACCAAGAUUGUAAUAUUUCUAUAUUGUAGUUUUAUUCUGGAUCUCGAACUCCCUUCAUCCCCUACAAAUUACUCCAUCUUGUAUGGACCAAUGCCAGACACUUGGCAGGUUAUGAACAACAGGAUGCUCAUGAGUUUCUUAUUGCUGCUCUUGAUGUUCUUCAUCGGCAUUGUAAAGGUUUGUUUUGUUCAUGACUGAUGGGAUAUGAAUCUAGAGACCUAAAAAAUAUAGAUAUGCUGAGAGUGAAUUAGACAAGAAAUCAUAUGGUAUGAAUGUAUGAAUUCUGUGUGCUAUGUGAAAUAAAGUGAGUACAAUUCAACUCACACCCACACUGACUGUUUGGGUAAAAUAUUAUUCUCUCAGUUUAGAAAGUCAUAUAAAGUUAUUAGUUUGUGCUUAUAAAAAGUUAUAAUAAAUUCAUUGGUGACCUACAUAUUACUUUAUAUAAUACCUAUCAAAUGUAUUAGUACACUACUCUCCACUAUUAACACUUAUUAGAACUUGAACUACUACUAGCCAUCUUGCCACUAUUGAUUGUAAUUAUCACUACCCUCUACCAUGAGUAAUGUCUCAAAAAAUCACAUCCAUAAAUAAAUAAUUCAAAUUAAUUAGGCUUUUAUUUUGCGGGGCCAACAUCUGAUUCCUACAAGUUAGUUUCAACAAAAAAAAAAUCAUAAAAUUUCAGCUCGAUUCUAAAUUUAAAAAUAAAUAUGAACACAUGAAAUAUUUUCCUUAGUUUUCAAUAUACAAGAAGUAAAUCUAAUUUUUUAAGAGUUAUUCCCCUUUUGGAAAAAUUAAACCUCUGAUAAUAUUUAUAAUAAAUAAUUUUAGUGGAUGCCCAUGAUCACCAUUCUGACAGUUUGUGGGUUAGUAAGGAUUUGUACUGAUUUAUUUCAUCCUUCCUAGAAAUUAUCAAAGUUUGUGCCUUUUUAUGCAGAAAUUAAAUAGAUGUUGUUAUAUUAAAAUUUAAAGUAACAUAAAAAUCAUAAAUGGAAGUUUGAAAAAUUUAAAGUUUAAUUUAAAAAUAAACAUAAUAACCAGUGCUUUAAUUUUAUGCAUUUAAAAAUAAAAGAAUUCUGUGGAGUUUAUAGCUACUUAAAACAGCUUUUAAUGUUACUAGAAAAGUACUGAAUGAUAUUGGCAACAUGAGACAACCUACUGCAGAAAUUAAGCUAAGUGAUGGAUAUGGCUUUCAAAAUAGUACAAACAAAUAAUGACUUACAUAUGAAGGUUAAUUUGAGCAUUAACCAUUGCAAAAAUACUUAAAAUAAUUUCAAAUUUUGAUUUGCAAAAUCAUUGAUAGAUUUUUUCCAAAAACAUUUCUUUCAGAAAUGAAUGGUGUUAGUGGCAGUAAUCCUCAUCAUUGUAAUUGUAUUAUAGAUAGAAUUUUUACUGGUGGUCUCCAGUCUGAUGUCACUUGUAAACGGUGCAAGUAAGUUUGAAUAAAAGUCUUAUAUUUCUGGGUACUGUGAUAAAGUAGGAUAAGAUCAUUUAUCAUAGUUCAUAUCUAAUUAAAAUUAUAAGAAGUCAUUGCUAAUUAUUCCAUGAUAUUUAUUAACAAAAAUAACUUUACUAUAUAUUUUUAGUGAUACCCUAAUGUGAUUUAUAAAGAAAAAGUAGAAUGAGUCCAGAUUCACUAAGAAUUCUUCCAAUGCCAAUCUUUUCAUUUAACAAAUUAAAUGUGUGUUUAUUUCAGUAAUGUCUCUACAACGAUAGACCCUAUAUGGGACAUUUCUUUAGAUCUUGGCCCUGGAUCUAUCCAUUCCUCCCAUCUCUUAUCAUCCUCAACAACAAAUGCUGCUGCCAAUCACAACUCAAACCUGACUCAGGCCAAUGGAGUGAGAGUAAUUGGUGACAGUGGCUCAUCUUCUACCUCACAGUCCAUUGCUUCCACAGAGUUCACCCACUCCCCUGCACCUGGUCAGUUAUAAUUUUUUAAUUCUAAUGUUAGGUUAAAAUUUAUUGAAGAUAAUGCUGAUUUUAAAUGUAUUUAUAUCUUAAUAUUAAAGUUGGCCUAUUUGAAUCUGAUCUCAGAAAACUAAAAAAAGGCUUUGAUCAAUUAAUAAUCAUUAUUUUAAGAUAUUUAAUGUUUUCACUGAAAGAUGUAACAACAGAGCUCUAUUAAAGUCAUCAAUAAAAACUCUGGAUUAUUUAGUAAAGAAAGUAUGGUACGAUUUUUUGUGUGUCCAACAUUCAAUGUUAAAAAAUAUUUUUGUUGUUGCAUUUAUUUGUAUUUCUGACAUGAUCUAGCCUCACCUAAAAUAUUGUUACUAUUUAAGUAGUAAAAAUCUACCUUUUAGGUUUUACAAACAGCCCUGGAAAUUAUGAACCUACCUCUCUAGUAGAAUGUCUGAAAAGGUAUGUUAGUCAUAAAUAUCAAAAUAAACUUUUAAAUUUAUAUUAGUCUAUGAUAGUUGGCAUCCAUUUGUCUUUGUUAGAUAAUGCUGUAGAUUUUAUUUUAUUUGCACCUCUGCGGUUGACUUAUGAGGCCAAGCUUGGAGUGGCAGUCCUGGUUGUAUACUUAGCUUGUUCACUUUGGCCUCAUGUAUUGCCCCUUUUUCUGCAAGGACUUUGUUUUGCGCAUCCUCUGCCUCAUAGGCUCCUAUUUUCGCUGUUGCUUGCCAGCUGGAACGGUCAUCAGUGAUGCUUUCCCAUUCCCUAUUUUGAUGUUUUGGUGCCUUCAUAUUUCUUUUACACACUUCUUCAUAGCUCAGUCACGGUUGUCCAGUAUGAUAUGCCCCCCUCUGCCAGUUCUCUGUACAGCAAGUUCUUUGAAUAUGGCCUGACUCCAUUCUCUUGACUUAUCCUAGCCAGUGAAGGCGUCUCCUACUGAGAGUUGAGAACAUGCAGGACAUUUUGGCACUUUGUCUUGGCAUCAAAUGCAGAAUGUAAAUGAAAAUUCGCAAACUAACAGAUUGUAGAAUGUAUAAGAUGCAUAUUUUGAGUUUUCCUGCUCUUUCAUGAUUCACCAUCUGAGAGUGAUGAGACCCAUCUACCUAAAAAUCGCUGAAUUUGUGUAGCUGGUAUUUGUGCGCCAGACCAUGAUUAUGUAUAUGACCAGGCGUCAAGUCAACUAAGAACACAACUACCCAAUCACCUUUAGACACCAUUAAUAAAAAAAUUAAGGGUGACCCCUUAGUCAUUCUACUAUAUGCAGUUAUAAUGGUUAUUAUAGUUCCUACUCUUUCUUAAAAUUUAGGAAAUGAUUUCUAAACCAUGUUUUUCUAGAUUAAAUUAACUUUUUAUAAUUAUUUUUUUUUUAAUGAUCUGAGGCUGUUGAAUAUUUUUAUCAUAUUUUGAGGAUCUUCGUGAGUUUUGGAGUACAAAAUUCGUUACAUACUUUGAGGUUGGACAUUCAAAAUUAUUUAAAAAAACAAAUAUUAGCAUAAUGCUGAUUUAUUUUUAUUCGUUCAAAGGUUUACAAAAACUGAACACUUAGGGAAUUCAGCAAAAAUCAUCUGUAGUAAAUGUCAUAGUUAUCAGGAGUCAACCAAACAACUCACCAUGAAGAAACUUCCCAUAGUUGCAUGCUUUCACUUAAAGGUAAGGUAAAAUUAUGUUUCAAAACAUGGUAUACAGGUGGUUUAUCAGUUUUAAUUAAUUUGCCCCAACUUCAAAUUAAACAUCAUUAAGGCUGUUUUUUGUCUUCUAUGAUAAAAUUUAAUAAAAAAUAAUGUCAAGUGUUAAUAAAUUUCUUAUUUCUCGCAUUUUACAGCGCUUUGAGCAUUCCACGGGCUACCAUAAGAAGAUCUCAACAUUUGUGUCUUUCCCCGAGGAGCUAGACAUGACACCUUUCAUGUCAUCAUCUCGGAAUAACAACAAUGGCUACAACAUGCACUCGGCCCCAAGUAUAACCUGUGAUAAUAAGUAAGUCCAGGUCUUUCUACUGUCAGAUGAUAUGUUUUAGCUUCUGGUUUCACAAAAUUUGAACUAUGGGCCUAUUUUAUUUAUGGUAUGCAUCAAAAUCUCUUUAUUUUUCUGCUGAGCAUGAUAAUUUAAAAUCUUUAAGCUAAUCUUAGUCUUGCAUUGCAGAUAUUUAAUUUUUGCCCUCUUGAGUCAUAUGUGAUUGCUCUUCUCAGUUAUUUCUUUCACCACAUGCUUCCAAUUUAGAAUGGUACCAUGUUCUGCCAUUUUUUUUUUGUGCACAUAAUGACAGUGCUAUAAAAAAAAAUUAUCAUUGUCCAUUUUUUAAUAUUUAGUAGAUACUCCCUGUUUGCUGUAGUUAACCACUAUGGCACCAUUGAGUCUGGUCACUACACCUGCUACAUCAGAUCUCUCAAAGAGCAGUGGUACAGGUGUGAGGACCACCUCAUCAAGAGGGCGACAGCUGGAGAAGUACUCAACAGUGAGGGGUAAGCUAACGCAACUGGCUGUAGCACUUAGUUUUAGCUUAUUAUACUGUAUGCCCCUGAACAGAUCAUAGUUGUAGUUUCAAAGAGUCAAAUAUUUUUUUUUAACAAACUGAAAUCUAUUAGAUUAGACCAUUAACUUUCAUUUAAAAAAAAAAGAGAAAUAAUAAAUUUAUCAUUUCAUGUAUAAUAGUCACCCAAGUUCUGGAACUCUUUUUCUUCACAUCAUAAAUUGGAUUCUCUUACUCUUGACUCAAUUGUUCAUAAUUAUUGGACAACAAAUUUGUAAACUUGUUUUUAAAAAUGCGUUAAGAUAAAUAAAAAUAUGGUGCAUGUGAGGAUACAAGUGAGUUAAUUUCUGUAUGAAGUCUUCUCAAUCUUUGCAUAUUUACUCCACCUUUAAAUUGAAUUACUUAUAUAAAAAGUUUGUAUCUAUCUAACAGGUAUUUAUUGUUUUACCAUAAGCAAGUUUUGGAGUAUGAAUGAUCGCAUGCUGCAACAGUUAUAUUGAGGAUUUACAACUUUUACACCUAGACUUGGAUACUGAAAACAAUCCUGUUCUGCAUUAAUCCUAGAAUGUAUAGUUAAAUUUAUGAACUCAGAAGUUAUAUUCUAACAAUUUAGGGGCAGAACAAUGUUUAGCAAGUCUUAAAACUUUCAUGAAAAGUAUAUUCAUAGAUUUUUUUUGUCCCAAAUAUUCAAUCUACUAAGGUUAAGACUGAAUAAAAUUUUAAAACAACAUCUUAUGGUGCUUUAAAAUGUUAUGCUAUCUUUACCUGUAUUGGUUUAUCUGCAUUCUUUAGGUUUUGUUGUACUGUCCUUCAUAUGGAAAGUAUUAUUAAAUUAUGUGUUGUUUUUUUAGCUGAAUUUUAAAGUUGUUUGAUGUGAAGCUUAAAAAUGUUCAGUACUUUCACUGCUUAUCUUUAAAUGAUGAAAUUCACUCCAGCACUAUGUAUCACAGAAUAUACAAUGCUUUAAAUUUGUUAAAGAUUUUUUAUUAAAUUGCAUAAUUUAUAAGUUUGUUAGUCUCUGUAGAAUCUAAUGAAAUUGAGAGGACAGCACAUUAAAAGCAGUUUAUUAAGACUUGUAAAAGUUUUAGAUUCUGAACAGUUUUUGUAUGCUACAUGUACAUAUCUGAUAUACAGUGUACAUAUUUUUCUAUAUUUUUUUGUAUUCUGUUUCAAGAAGUGAUAAGAGAUAAUUAAGUAAGCUGCUGAGCAGAUGUGGCUUAAAUUGUUUCCAUGUUGCUCAAGUUUGUUUUUAAACUGUGCCACUCCCUAAGCUCCAUUAAAAGGAGCCAGUUAACAUUAGGCAAUUCUGUAAAUAGACUGCAGUUCAUCAUCAAUAUAGUUUUUUUUUUUUUAAAUUAAUUUGUCAUUAAUUAACAAAUUGUCAUAUUUCGUUACUGUCU